AUGGCUACAGCAACUCAACAACAAGUUGCGGUCGUCGGCGGACUAGCCACGUUGCUUGCGCUCGUCUUGGCGUAUUAUCGUUUCAGGGAUCGGAAUGUGAGUUUCUUUUGAUUGUUAAGAAAAAGUUUUUUUAUAAGAUUAAUAGAGGGUUUUGAUAGUAGUUUAAUUUUUUAAAUCUUUUAUUCUCAAAAAGUAAAUUGCAUCGUAUUUUAUCCUUUUUAACCUAAUAAUCAGUUCCAAAGUAAAAGGAAAGAAAAGAAAAGGGAGAGAGUUGUGUACGCCCAUAGCCCGUUGAACGCACGCCAUCCCGUCCGAUCUGGCAAGUUAAGCAACGGUGCGCUUGAUUAGUACUUGGAUCGGAGACGUCCUUGGAAUCUCAAGUGGCGUACGCAUUCUUGGCAUUUUAUGGUACUUUUUGGUACUAUUUUUAGGUUUGGUAGAAAAAUGUAUUUUAGAAACUAUUUUGUAUUGUUUAAUGUUUAUUUCUUUUCAGAAUCGAAAUGGCAUAUUCAGUAGAUUCUUAUUUUGGUUAUUCCCGGCGGCCGAUGAUAGAGUAAGUUUGUUAACAUUGAUAAAACACAAAUGCUAUCGGGCUAUAUAUUAACAUUUUAUUCUAAUAAUACUGUGAAAACAACUUUUGUGCUUUCAGGGCGGUCGAAACACUGUGAAUUCGACCAGAAUGGGCGUGAAAACCGACUACGAUCCCACGUUGGCUCAACGUUCUCCAGUUCCCACAACCUCAACCACGAGUGUUGCCACAGGAUAUGCACCACCAAGUCCGAGUGUCAGCUCUACGCAACAUCGCACGGAUUCAGGAGUCAGUCAGAGUAGCACUUCGAGUGGUACUACCGGGUCGGGUACGAGUUCACGGUACGGUGCUGAGAGUGGAAGCACGAUGUCGAGUAUUCAAAUGCAAAGCUACAAGGAUGGCGAUAAAACUGAAAGUGGCGACAAGUCGAAAGCCGAAGACAUUGUACCAUUGCCGAAAAAGUCUGAAGUUAAAACUGGUGCUGCUCCGCCAACACCAACUGUCUCGGACUCGGAUACUACAUUGUUAGGUGGGUUUUAAGAAAGUUUUCGUCUCUCUUUUUUUUGUAAGGAAUGUUUUUGUUUUUUAAAGAAGCGUUGUGUUGUUUACAAUAGCCUUCUCAAUUUACAGUUUCAACUUUUGUAAAAAAAUUUAAUUUUUAGGCUCAAAAAUUGGCUCCAAGUCCGGUACGACCGACCCGACCUCGUUUGCUCACUCGAGUUCAUCCGACACGUCCAAAGACUUUGCCCAAACCAGUACCGCCUCCACGUUUACCAGCUUGUCUUCUGAAGAUGAAGCGGCCAAAAAGAAGGAAAUGCGGAAGAAACAGCGGCCGAGAACCAUGAAACAACGAUCAAAAACCUCGCCUUCUGCAACAUUUGACCCGGACCAGGACAAGAUCGAGUACAAUGCUGUACCAUGGCACGAGAACAAAACCUUGUCGGAUGAUUUUAGCUUGGAUGGAUUGGUAAGGGUUUAAGAUUUAUAUUAAGGAUUAAGUUUCAUGUACCGUAUUUUAGUUUACUUUACCUUUACCUCUAUUGUUAUCUCUAUUCCUAACUUUAAGAUAUGACAUUAUUUAUCAAUCCAAUAUUUUCAGGAACGCCGUGAAAUGUGCGACUGCCAAGCAACCCGUGACAUUCCUGAGAUUGAGGAUACAGAAGCCCUGGUCGAUGACGCUCCCAACCUUCGACCAGACAUUCGACCAACCUACAUUUUACCGGUCGUUUUUGCCAUGUACAAACCCAAGAACCUGAUCUCAACCGACUCGCCCGACCUAUCUCCUGAAAUAUGCUCAGCUGCGGUCACGUUGCCGAAGAAAUUUCACGACAAAACCAACGUAUUCACACCGUUCCGUGCCAUUCUACAUUGCAUUGUGUACGCGUCGAAGCACGGUCAUUUGAUCAAAGAACUGAUUGAAAAUUACUCGUAUUUGGAGAGCUGA